AUGCCAUCCGUGUCGUACACCGCGAACGCGCGCGCCACGUCCUCCUCCGUAGGCUCUCCGUCUGAGCUGGACGAAGCGGUGUUACGGGAAAACCCCAAUCGCUUCACGUUAUUCCCAAUACGGUACCCGGACCUCUGGGAAUUCUACAAGCGGGCCGUCGCGUCCUUCUGGACUGUGGAAGAAGUUGACUUCACGGGAGACUUGUACGAUUUCGAUCAUAAACUUAAAGAGGAGGAGCGGCGGUUUAUCAAAUACGUGUUGGCAUUCUUCGCUGCCAGCGACGGUAUCGUGAUGGAGAACCUGUCGGCGCGGUUCAUGUCGGAGGUGCAGGUGCCUGAGGCCCGCGCAUUCUACGGCUUCCAGAUUGCCAUGGAAAACGUGCAUAGCGAGAUGUACAGCGUGUUGCUGGACCACUACGUUCGGGACCCCGCGGAGCGGCGGCAGCUGUUUAACGCCAUUCAGACCAUCGCUACGGUGGGCAAGAAGGCGGACUGGGCGCUGCGCUGGAUUUCCUCCAGCAACUCGUUCGCUGAGCGCCUGGUGGCGUUUGCGUGCGUGGAAGGGAUUCACUUUUCCGGGAGCUUCUGUGCCAUCUUCUGGCUGAAGAAGCGGCUGCUGAUGCCUGGUUUGAGCUUUUCCAACUGCCUCAUCUCCCGGGACGAGGGCCUGCACUGCGACUUUGCGUGCUGCCUGUACGGCCACCUGAAGAACCGCCUGUCUCGGGAGCGGGUGGUCAAGAUUGUGGACGAGGCCGUGCGAUUAGAGGACGAGUUUUGCACGGAGGCGCUGUCGUGCGAGCUGCUGGGGAUGAAUGCGGACCUGAUGCGGCAGUAUAUCCGGUUUGUCGCUGAUCGACUGCUCGUCUCGCUUGGGUACGACAAGUACUACAACACGGUCAACCCGUUUGACUGGAUGGAGAUGAUCAGUCUGCAGGGCAAGGCCAACUUUUUCGAGCGGCGUGUGGGCGAGUACCAGCGCGCCUGCGUCAUGGCGGGGGACAAUGGCUCAGCGGAGCAAGCUCGGGGGUCAAGUGAGCACGUCUUCCGAACCGACUGCGAUUUUUAG